UACGCUGUUCCCCAAAUUGAGUGUUCUAAUCAGAUUCGUUUUCUGACAAUUACAAAAGAAAACGCAACAACAAAUUUAUUUUUAGAAAAAAAAAAAGAAAAGAACAAGAAGGGAAAAACGACAAUCCAAUUUUGCGCGAGAGUCCAAUCGACUUGUAUAACUUUCUUCACUUCUAAGAUACCGAUUUCCAUUAACAAUCAUCUCGCAAAUCGAAUUAUCAGACACGCUCCGGAAAAAAUGCUUCACAGGAGCUUCAAGCCAGCCAAAUGCAAGAUAGCUCUAAAGCUAGCGAUUCCGCGAACAAAGCUAAUGAAGAACAAGAGGGAAGCACAGGUCAAGCAGUUAAAGAGGGAAUUGGCUCAAUUACUGGAGUCAGGACAGGAUCAGACGGCCAGGAUUAGGGUGGAGCAUGUGGUUAGGGAAGAAAAGACUGUGGAAGCAUAUAAUCUUCUUGAGAUAUACUGUGAACUUAUCGUGGCACGUAUGCCCAUCAUUGAGUCUCAAAAAAACUGCCCAAUUGAUUUGAAGGAAGCAAUUUCAAGUGUCAUAUUUGCAUCUGCAAGGUGUGAAGAGAUACCAGAACUCAAGGAUGUCUCCAAACAUUUUACUGCAAAAUAUGGAAAGGAAUUUGCUUCUGCCGCGCUUGAACUGCGUCCUAAUUGUGGUGUAGGUCGUAUGUUGGUUGAGAAAUUAUCUGCCAAAGCACCUGAUGGUCCAACCAAACUCAAAAUUUUGACUGCAAUUGCUGAGGAACACAAAAUCAACUGGGAUCCUGAAUCAUUUGGAGCAAAAGAGUCACAGAUUUAUGAUGACUUGCUGAAUAGACCAAAUAGUUUUAUGGAGGCCACCAAAAUUCCAGUGGAUCCUCCUAAUAUCCAAGCUUCAUCACCCAGUCAUUAUGAGCAGAGGCCUCCUAGCACUGAAGUUCCUAAUCAUGAUAAGGGGCGUCCUAAUGUUCAAGAUCCAAAACACAUUGAGAAAAAUGAUGCGCCCACAAGCUUCCAUGAGCACAGCUCAAGAUCAUCUCCUCACCCAAAGAAAUUUGAUUAUUCAAAUAAUAGUGCCAAUAAUUCAAUAUCCUCUGGCACUUAUCCCCCAAAUUCAAAACCUCAUGGAACUGAAAAUCAAGGGAUGGAAUUUAGGAAUUCAUAUUCUGGGAAUGAGAGAACUUUCUCUUCACCAAGGCAACGUUGGAAUAUGGAAUUCAAGGAUGCUACUGCUGCAGCUCAGGCAGCUGCAGAAUCUGCAGAGCGAGCGAGUAUGGCUGCCCGAGCUGCUGCUGAACUUUCAAGCCGUGGAAAUAUCUCCCAGCAGUAUUCAACGGAGUCACUAAUGUCGUCUCCUCAUGGUAUGAGAGAUGAUGAACCAUGGGAGUAUACUGGCUCAGCAUCUCAAAAUGAACAUCUUGCCAGACAUCCAGUUAAUAUUUCCCUCCAUGGAAGGAAUUCUACGAAUUAUGAACAAACUGACAGCAACGAACAACAUAACCGGGCAGGAGAGUCUGAAAAUGUUUAUGGUAACAAUGUAAGGAGCGGUGUUAAAUCCACUCACAGUUCCUUUAAGUCAACUGCAGCUUCCUUCAAUGAAGAACCAUCAGUGAAUAAUCAGAUCCUAGAUGCAUAUUCUCUAAGUAAUUCAUCUGAAGGCAGGCAAAUUGAGCAUUUUGCUGAAGUGAGUAUGAAGAGAAACUCAGGCGAAAAUGGGAUGCAAUUUGUGAAUGAACUGCAUGAUAUUAAUCCUCAGAAUGUUGAUCAUCAUGAAGUUAGGAUUAGGGAACAAUCACGCUAUUCUUCUUCUCAUUCUCAAUCAAACUCUUUUACUGAUGAUCGUGAUGUUGUCUCUAAUUUAAAUUGGCAGAAGUCAGAAAAUGAUAAGAUAAACUCAGGCGAAAGCAGGAUGCAGUUUGUGAAUGAACUGCAUGAUAAAAAAAAUUCUGAUUUUGCUGAUUAUCAGGAAGUAAGGAUCAGGAAGCAAUCAAGCUAUUCUUCGUCUCAUUCUCUCUCGGGUACUUUUGCUGAUGAUCAUAAUGUUGUAUUAAAUUUAAACCGUCAGAAGUUGGGAAAUAAUUCUGGUGAGGAUUCUUUUCUUCUCAAUGAUGAAGGAAGCCUUCAAAGAACCACCAAAGAUACAACAGAUUCUUAUGACAAUGCCUCUGCAGUUUUUGAUGAUUAUGGAUCAGAUAAUGAUGAAGAUAAUUUUGAUUUGGAGGAAGAGCAUAAGGUACCUGAAUACGGUAUGAACUUUUCAUCUCCUGGUCAAAGAUCACCUACUCAUCCAUUUACAAGUACAAAUUCUUGGAGCGUUGAGCAGGAUGUUAAGUCACCUGCAAAGCCCAUUUCACAAUCACAUAUUUUCUCAGAGCAGCGGUCUACUCCUGUCUUCUUUGAGAGUUCAACUAGCUCUACAGUUCCUUCACAUGGAGAUGACUUGCCUGCAACUUUUGAUAAUUAUGGCCCUAGCUCAGAAAGUGAAGAGGAGGUAGACAAUUCUAAGUAUGUUAGGACCCCUGAUCUAAGUAUAGGUAGUCAUAUAAAGAAUAUGAAUUCCCACCAAGCUGAAAACAGUAAUUUCUCUCCACAGUUGGCUGAAGGCAUGGAAGAUACUGAACAUUCUAAUCAUUCUAAUAUGGAAGAAAGUAAGGAAUUGAACUUUGGAAAAUUGACAGGUGGCCUUCGAAAUAAGGGUUAUAGGCAUCCACCAUAUUCAAAAAUUCCUCAAGGCAAUGCUUUAUCCUCUGGAGAGGCAGCCAAUGAUACAUCUUCUAGAAUUAAGCAAUCAUCCUCUGCUGCUGCAGCAGUGGAGGCUUCAGUUAGUUCUGGAUCUUACAAUCAAGAGCCACACAGUUGGAAAGGGAGUGAUGAGGGGAAUAGAAAACUCAGCACAAGGGCAUCGGUUACUCAUGUUGAUUCUAGUGAUGAUGACUCUGAGGAGGAACAACCAAAACAGACUUUUAGUAGCACUCAAGACCAAUACAACAAAACGCCAAGCUUUGAAGAAAAUAAAAGAUUAAGCUUAAGGGCCCGCAUCCCAUAUUUUGGUUCAGGAAAUAGUGAUUCUGAUGAAGAUAUUCCUAAAACAAGUUUCAAGGCUCAUUCAAACACUGGUUUUUCUAGAAGGACAAGGGCCUAUCCUUCAAAUUCACGGAGAAGUUCCAAUCUUAAAAGUACAAUUUCCUCUGAGCCAACUGUAGUUUCUAGCUAUGAUGGGGAGAAGAAUUCCUUCUCAAGGAGUUCUAAUGCUGAUGAGCUAUCAAAGACUCAGCCUCAGAAGAAGAACUCUGAUCACUGGGAAAGUUUUCAUCAUUCCCAGUUGGCAUCACAGGCAACUUCAAGGCUGGUUUCAGAGACCAAAAGGUCUUCAUUUGAUGGAACUUUAACAUCGGAAAAGGAACUGUCAUCUACUUCUGUCCCGAAGAUUAUACCAUCAGAUAGUGCCAAAAGUUUGAAGGCUCAAACUUCAAUUAGGGAGGGGCCAUCUAAGGAGAAAGCUAGUCAUGUUCACCCAAAGCUUCCUGAUUAUGAUAUCUUGACCGCACAAUUAUAUUCUCUCAGACAGAAUCGCCAAUGAAUAGGCUCUUUUCGCAGUCUAAUAUGAUGUAUUAUAUUUUUACUCUUAUUUUCGAUAUUUAUGUUUAUACAGGUUCCUUUUAAGGUUUAUAGGGUUGUAUAAUAUAACCUUUCCAACUCAGUCAAAAUAUUAUCUGUUCAUUGAUUUGCUUUCAUAAGCUUCUUUGAUUUGGAGCUUGCUAUAAUGCAAUAAAACUGUUGCUCUGAGACUGGGGAAUCAAGAGU